AUACCGUAUCGUACACACAGUAAUAUUCCCGUUGCCCGUCGCGAUCACACCGCAUCGAAGGAAGUGCAAACGGGUGUUGUUUUUCUUUUAUUUCUCAUUCGGGAUUGGCUCAUUUUGGCUAUAGAUUUUCACUCGUAAAAAUUAGACGAAAAACAUUGAAUAAAUUUGAUGGUUGGGUGUGUGAUUUAUAAAAAUUUUGCUGAAGCUACGAGUAGAUUUUCCGAGCAAUUAACCGUAUCUCGGUCGUCGGGCAAAAUGUGAUGGACGAGCAACAGAGAUAAAACAAACUAAAAGCGAAAACGAUAUACGAUGUGAUUUCAACAAGUGCAAAAAAAAACUAAAACCCUGGACCGGACUGCAAAUUCUUGAUAAAUAUGAGAUUGCCGAAAUUUUCCAUUAAACGGUGUUUUCUUCUUACUCUUGGUUUUGCUGUAUUGGUUAUAUUCGGUUUUAGUUUAAGAGAAAAUGAUUUCUGGAAAACGAAAGACAUUCCCAACACAAUCGAGCAUGAGUUCGCAAAGGUGGAGACUGAAAUCAAACCUAAUGAUAAGUCUGGGCUGUCGCAAAUGUUACACAGUACAACUCAACAGUCAUCACAGAUCGUCAACAUGAUAACGGAGGAGUAUCAUGACGAAACUCCUGCACCGAAUGACUUCGGAACCACUCUACAGAAGCCAUGGUAUUUCAGUGGAGGCAAACGGUAUCCGUUCGAGGCGAAAGUGAAGCGUAAGACGCAUAAACGAUUAGCCAAACUGUAUCCGUUCGAAGAUCAAUGGACUGAUCGGAUAACGAAUCAGUUGAUGUUCGUUCCGCCGAAUUACGACAAAAUCAAAAUGAGUGGCCAUUUGAAAACCAUUCUACUGUACAAUGGUCUGGGACCUUGGAAUGUGAAACAAGGUCGUGACGUUUUUCUGACUUCAAAGUGUCCGGUGAAUACAUGCCGAAUAACAGCCAAUCGUGAUGAAAUCAACAAAGCUGACCUAGUUCUCUACAAGGAUCAUUUCAUUCCGACUGGUGUCGCACGACCAGCAAAACAGAUUUUCAUGCUGUACUUCCUCGAAUGCCCGUAUCACACGCAACACAUUAAAUUCCCGGAUGCCUUCAACUGGACAUCAACGUAUCGGAAAGACAGUGACAUUGUGGCACCGUAUGAAAAAUGGGAGUAUUACGAUCCACGAGUGAAGCAAAUGGAACAGGAUCGAAAUUAUGCAUUAAAUAAGACCAGAAAGGUAGCUUGGUUCGUUUCCAAUUGUGGUGCAAGGAAUGGUCGUUUGCAAUUUGCUCACGAAUUACAAAAACAUAUCCAAGUCGACAUAUACGGAUCUUGUGGUCAAUUUAAAUGUUCUCGCAGUACAGCCAACAAAUGCUUCGACAUACUCGACCGUGACUACAAAUUCUAUUUAGCCUUCGAAAAUUCCAAUUGUCGCGACUACAUCACCGAAAAGUUCUUCGUCAACGCAUUGAAUCGAAACAUACUUCCAAUUGUUAUGGGCGCCCGGCCCGAAGACUAUGAAAUGGCCGCCCCGUAUCGGUCGUACUUGCAUGUCGACGAAUUCGCGUCGGCCAAAGAAUUGGCCGACUAUUUGCACAUAUUGGACCAGAACGAUGAGCUGUACAAUUCGUACUUUAAGUGGAAGGGAACGGGUGAAUUUAUAAACACAUUCUGGUGGUGUCGCGUCUGCGCGAUGCUGCACGACGAGGAAUCGUUGAAUCGACCGAAGUGGUACAAUGAUGUGAACGACUGGUGGCGAGGUGUUGGUGUCUGCACGAAUGGUUCCUGGCGAAACUAUCAAGCUCGCAAAGAUGUUAUGAGUGACGAUUAGAAAAAGUGAUUUUAGUUUUAACUAAAGUUUUGAAUUUUUUGUUUGUUUAUUUUUAACGAACAAAAAACAAAUUUAGAAUUUAACUGAAGAUGUUUAAAUAUUGUUAAAUAUUGUAGUGACACAGACGACGAAGAAGAAGGUGCACUUUCAAUGACUAAUGUGUUACGACUGCUAGUGAAUGUAGUGC